UAGACCUGUAUGUCUUCUGAAAGCUCAUUAAUUAUAUUGCCGAUUUUCAAAUUUUCGUUUUCUAAAUAACUCUAUAUUUUACGUAAAUGCUAAAAAUGUUUUCGAAUUUCCAAGGCUUCCAUUGGCCGAACAGGUCGUGACGUCACAACACAGCAGCCCGCAGUAUGGCGCCUGCUUACUUAUUGUGAAGCGCGCUAGGCCGGAUAUUUGUGCUUGAUUAAUUUAGUAUUUUUGCUGCAUUUGGGGCAUUUAAGUCGAUAUUUUCUGUGGAAAAGAAUGGAGGCAGGUUUUCAGAAGGCGACAUCUCAAAAUUUGCCCUUAGUGCACAUAUUUGAUGUGUACAACUUCUUCAUGACGCGCGACACAUAUGUCUCGGCCGAAUUCAGGAUGAAGAAGCUUGAAAGGUCAUCACGUCCGGAUUAUGGAGAUGAUGCAGUGGGAUACGUGCAAGUGAGGAAUUCCACAGAAGGGAGUACUGUUCGUGCGAAGAUCAUCCCAGAGCACCGCGUCAGUAAGGGGUCAUACCCUGUCACCGUGCAGCUGGACUGUGGAGGUGCUAUCACCAUGGCUCAGUGUGAAGGGUGUCAAGCUCAACAUGGUGGGUGUAAGCAUGUUGUUGCUUUUCUGUUCUGGCUGCAGAGGCGCAGUUCUGAGAAGUCCACCACAGAGGUGAAGUGUUACUGGAAUCGACCGAGGCUGGCUGAGGUGCCAUCUGCAAAGCCUGCAGAAAUAAGCGUGAUGUUCCGUGCUAGACAGGCUGAGCAGAGAAGUAAGAUGGUAGGCCCUAAAAACAGUCUGCUGAAAGCAGUCCUGACCGAGGUGAAAGGAUGCAGGUCAGUUCUUACUGACGUGCAGUGCGGUGGAGAGGACCUGAAGGGUCUCUGUGUCGGUAAUAUGCUGCAAGAUUAUGCGCCUGGGUCUGACAUCAUCCUGCACAUGCAGGAUAAAAUAUCUCCUGGAGAUAUUCGUGCUGUUGAAGCUGCCACGAAGGCGCAAGCAGACAGCCCAUUGUGGCAUCAUCUGCGCUCUGGCAGGCUCACGGCUUCAAGGAUCUACGAUGUGUCAAGAUGCUCGAUGACUAAUGGUUCGCUAGUGGAGUCGAUUCUCGGUGCCACUGUGUUCGCGGGGAACGUGCAUACCUUGAGAGGAAGGCGCCUUGAAAGGGAAGUUUGUGAUGAGGUGGAGAAGCGCCUUAGUGUGAAGAUACGUGGCUGUGGAUUGUCGAUAGAUGGUGACAUCCCUCUGCUCGCUGCGAGCCCUGAUGGACUGUGUGAAGUGGAUGGAGAGAUGGUGGUCGUAGAGGUGAAGUGCCCCUCAUCUGUGCGCACUUUAGGUUCCUACUUGGAUGAGAACCGUCAGGCAGCACCCAAGGUGCUGGCACAGGUCCAGCUGCAGAUGAAGAUCUUGGGUCUUCAAAAGGGUCUUCUGUGUGUUGCAGACCCUUCUUUCGAAACAAACAAGGAGGUGCAUAUCGUAACAGUCAACUAUGAUGAGGAGCUGAUCAUGGAAGUUUUGGACAGGGCCAUAGCUUUCUGGAAACGUGCCAUACUGCCCGUUAUCAUGGCGUCAGAAAACGGGCCUCCUAGUAUGCCCAGCGUGACGCGUGCGCCGGCGGCGUCUAGCGUUGCGCGCGCGUCCGGCGCGGCUGCUGCGUCCAGCGUGACGCGCGUGUCUGGAGUGCCCGUGGCGUCUAGUGUGUCUCGCGCGUCCGGCGCGCCCGCUGCGUCUCGCGCAACGCGCGUGUCUGGAGUUCCUGUGGCGUCCGGCGCGCCCGCUGUGUCUCGCGUGACGCGCGUGUCUGGAGUUCCUGUGGCGUCCGGUGUGGCGCGCGCGUCCGGCGUGGCGCGUGUGUCUCGCGUGACGCACGUGUCCAGAGUGCCUGCAGCGUCCGGUGUGACGCGCGCGACCGGAGUGCCUGCGGCGUCCGGUGUGGCGCGUGUGCCCGGUGACACGCGUGUGCCUGUCGCAGCCGGCGUUCCUGCGGCGUCCGGUGUGACGGGCGUCUCCGUCGCGGACGGUGUGUCUGUUUCGAGGCGCAUACCAGUGCUUAUUAGAACUGGUGAUAAGAUUCGUUUGCUGAAAUAUGUACGCUCAAUGGACGCACCCGGCCCCGGAAGCCCGUGAAUAAGAGGCCUGCAUUCGUGAAUGUGGAUAUAGGUCCUGUUUGAUUUCGUUGUCCACUGGAUGCAAGCAUGCUGUGGUACUCCUCGCAAUGUAACCACCUGGAUACU